GACACUGGUGUCAUGUCUCUGCCUGCAGGAUGAGGCUGCAGAGGUGAGUCGGAGCCAGGUGGAGACAGAGCACUGCUUCAGCCCCUUCCCCAGAUGCUUUACCAGGAGCACCGCAGGCAGGAGCAGGAGGGGCUGGUGGCCAAGGCUUGGGGACACGAGGCUGAGCUGGCCAGGCACCUCGAGGAGCCAGCCUGCAGCCCCGCACAUCUGCCACCCCGCAUUGCUUCGGCACGGACCGCUGCUGUGUCACCCGGAAUCUGAGCAGAGAUGCUGAACACCAAACACGUGUCUCUGUGGCUGUGAAUAAAACCUCAACUGCAUGUCACUUUGAAAUACCUUAAUUUCAGCCAGCUGGUGCAGGACCUGGCUGUGCAUCACUGAGGUGCCCCAGUGCACAAGGAGGGCAGCACUUUUGCCCUUUUGCUUGGGUGAACUGGGUGUAAAAGGUUUUGUUUUUCUGCCGGCAGCUGGGGAUGCAGGAGGAAGAGGAAGAGGGAGGUGCGUUUUCUUAUGGUGACAGGGUUAAGAGAGUGUCGUCAAUGGAACCAACCCCCCAGUGUAUCCAGCUCCAGUGAGCCCUCAGUGUUUGGGUUGUCCGGGUGCCCGGGGUGGUUGCAAUGUGCGCGCAGUAUGACAGAUGACCUAUUGAAAUAAUUUCGGAGUGGUGCUGGGGUUGCCAGGACAACUGGUGCUCCCUGGGCUUGCGCUGGCCCAUGUGACAACUGCCUUGACGUCAGCUGGAGGCAGAGCCUGCGGUUUCGGCCACGCAGCCAAAGCCUUGUGAGAACCUACUGGAUGCUGGAUUUAUCCCCGCUGCCACCGCCGCUGCUGUUUCUCAGGGGCUGCCAGAGCAUGGACUACUAAAAACUUGCAUUUCUGCAGUGUGAGGUAACAUUUUGACACCAAUAUGGGAAAGCAAAACAGCAAACUACGCCCUGAAGUCAUGCAAGAUUUGCUAGAAAGUACAGACUUUACAGAACACGAGAUCCAGGAGUGGUACAAAGGCUUUUUGAGAGACUGUCCAAGUGGACAUUUAUCUAUGGAGGAAUUUAAAAAGAUAUAUGGGAACUUCUUCCCUUAUGGGGACGCUUCUAAGUUUGCGGAACAUGUAUUCCGCACUUUUGAUGCCAAUGGAGAUGGAACAAUAGAUUUCAGAGAAUUCAUCAUAGCCUUGAGUGUGACGUCAAGAGGUAAACUGGAGCAAAAGCUGAAGUGGGCAUUCAGCAUGUAUGACCUUGAUGGGAACGGCUACAUCAGUAAGUCAGAGAUGCUGGAAAUCGUGCAGGCAAUCUAUAAGAUGGUUUCUUCUGUAAUGAAGAUGCCAGAAGACGAGUCAACACCAGAGAAGAGGACAGAGAAGAUCUUCCGCCAGAUGGACACCAACCGUGAUGGAAAGCUCUCUCUGGAAGAGUUCAUCCGAGGCGCCAAGAGCGAUCCGUCCAUAGUCCGUCUCCUGCAGUGUGAUCCCAGCAGUGCCGGGCAGUUCUGAAACCAUUCUUUGGAUGAAUUAUGUAUCUGCUUUUUAUUUUUUCCUUGCCAAACAACAUUCAUGGUAGUGUUGCCUCUGUAUGGCCAAUUAUGCCUUCAUUUGUGGCAUUUAUAGCUUCUUUUGUUGUGGAUUAAUUAUGAGAAUGCUGAAUUGCUCUUAACAAUUUGUCCAGAGCAGGGGCAGUACUGUUUUAAACAGAUAUUGUGGUGUUUUUGUUGUUUUAAAGAUUUUGUUUUAUUUUAUUUUUGUUUGUUUGUUUUAAAGUGUCUGUUUUGGAAAGUAUGUGUUGAGAAGGAGUAAAGUGACAACAAAAUUCUUGGCAGCAAGACACACUGACAGAUUUUAGAUUGCUGCUUUAGUAGCUGAGUAUUCGCCCGCAGGACUUGAAAGUCUAGUAGAGGUCGAACCAAAGGGGUUGUGAUGGGUGGUGCAGGAUUCACCUGGAACCUCCUCUCCUGUCUAGUUAAGGUCAAAGACAGGAUCAGGAAGAAGUACGAAAGCUCAAAACGUGUGCAGGGUGUAUCAUCUGCACCCCUGCUCCUAUGCCUCGUCGUUUCAAUGCUGUGAACAUUUUCCAGGUUGUGAAGGAGAAAGAGAAAAAAAAAAAGGUUGACAUUUUUUACUAGGUUUACAGUGGUUGAUUUCACACAGCUUUGUCUGAAAAUUCAGCAAUUUGCAAUCCUGAUCCCCAAAUCCACAACUGACAAUACCUCUUGCCGUUUGGGAUCAGCGAAGGCAGACACAGGUAUGGAAAACUGGGUCUUGACAAUGACUUUGAGGGAAAUGAUACAUGUUGAAUGUGAAAUUUUCAGGUUAGUAAUAAAGCAGUUUUUACUAAGGAGAGUGGCAUUCACAUGAGGAACUCACAGACACCUGCAAGCAGCUCCAGCUGAAGCACAUCUGCUGUUGUAAAUGAUCUUGCAUGGUAUGAAGUUUUGGGUGUGUUUUUGUCUCUCUCCACGUAGCUAAUGGAAUUUCUGGGCCUGCUCUUAGGGGAAGGCUGUCAUCAAAACUUGUUUUGAACAUAAAAUUGUAGCAUUUAUAUUUCAUUUAUUUUGGUAACAUUUGAAAAAUCUGUACUGAAAUAAGGAAAUGGUACGCUUACGGUAUAUUUAUAUAUAUACAAAAAUUAAAACGAAACAAAAAAAAGAUCAGCUCUUGAGAGAAAUGUUGAAUGUUUAUCUUUUCACCUAGAUGCAGGAGUUCUGAAAUUUGCUGCUGUAAAACUUUAUCCUUUGGUCCAAGUUCCUGUAUGCAAAGUUAGUGCACAUACAUGGGAUUUCUUAGGGACUUUACAAGCACUGCUGCAAUGGAAAAGCUUUAGCAACAGGAGGCAUUAUGCUGACUAAAUUGGCAUUAAUCUGUCAUUAGCUAAAUUCUGCUCUGUGAUCCUGUUGGAGAGCUACCCAUGGAGGCAGCGCACAGCGCUGGGAAUUCGUGAGCUUGUUAGAGUAACCUUUGUCUGACAGGCAAGGUUGGCGUUUUGACAAGUGACCUUGUAGAUGCUAAUCCCCAGUAGCCUUAAUUUAAAAUAAGCUAAGUAAAACAAGUCUGCUUUGCAGGUGAUGAUUAGCUAAAUGCUAGUUAGAUGUCAUGAAUAAGUAGAUGAGUAUGAAUAAUUUUUUGUCAAACACUAGCUAGCAUGUACAAUGACUGAGAGAAAAAAUCCUAGACUGAAUUUUUCCAUACCAUUUGCUUUGCCAGCUGCGAAGUGCAGAGCAUAUUAAAAUAAAAUAAAAAAAAAAUUGAAAAUAACGUUGCUAAUCAGCUGUACUAAAAUUAUUAUGAGUGGCUAAUUACACUCAAUAAAUGCCUUUAGGCACACACCUUUGUCUCAAA